GUCCAUAUGUGUUGCAUAUAUGAGCUAGUCACUCUCUAGGAUAAUACGCGCAAUAUUGUCUGCUCGAUCUAUUUAUCGAUCAUAGAGAAAUGAAAUCUUCCGCGAGACAACAUUUUCAGUUCGUUCGCGACUACCUCCUUCUCUUGUCUCUCCUGUACUUUGCUGGGUGCGUUUCGAAUGGUCAUGCCACUCCAAAGCAGACACCUUUCAACAACACGAUCCCGGCCCUCCUCGUGUUUGGCGACUCGACUGUCGACCCCGGAAACAAUGACUACGUUAACACAGUCUUCAAGGGCAAUUUUCCACCCUAUGGCCGAGAUUUCACCAAUCGUGUAGCCACUGGAAGGUUCACCAAUGGCCAACUUCCUACCGAUUAUAUAAUUUCUUAUAUGGGGGUCAAGGAUUACGUGCCUCCCUAUCUGAACCAGAGUUUGCACAUAGAAGAGCUGAUGACGGGAGUUAGCUUUGCCUCGGCUGGAUCGGGGUAUGACCCGCUCACGCCCACAUUGAGUAAUGUGGUACCUCUGCAGAAGCAGCUGGAGUAUUUCCAGGAGUACAGGGAAAGACUUGAGGGAGCAAUUGGAAAGGAAAAGACAGAUGAUCUCAUAAAAAGGUCGAUGUUCUUACUUAGUGCUGGCACGAACGAUUUCGCUCUGAAUUAUUUUACUGCACAGUUACGAAGGAUGAGCUUCUCCGCCUCCAAUUAUGAGAAGUUUGUGCUCCAACAUUUCAAGGGGUUCAUCCAGGGGCUAUUGAGCCAAGGCGCGACCAAGAUAGCCGUGGUGGGUCUGCCUCCGAUGGGUUGCUUGCCGGUCAUAAUAACCUCAAACACCAUCCCCCUUACCGGAAGGCAGUGCGUUGAGAGGAUUAACUCCGUUUCGAGAGACUACAAUACACUUCUUCAGUCCGAAUUGCGCCACUUGCAGAGCACCCAACUGAAUAAGGAAACAAAAAUCUACUAUGCUGACAUUUAUGGUCCUUUGCAAGACAUGAUCCAAAACCACCAGAGAUAUGGAUUCGAAGUAGUGAGCAGUGGGUGCUGCGGGACUGGUCUUCUUGAAGCAUCGUUUUUGUGCAACGCAAAGACGCCAGUGUGCCUGGAUGCAUCGAAGUACAUUUUCUGGGACGCAAUCCACCCAACGGACAGGGCAUACUACUUGAUUUUCCAGGCUUUUCGACCUCUGAUCGAUUUCAUCAUCGAGGACUUGACUAGUUAGAGUCUGUAACACCCUAAUUAUGGCCGAAAACUAAGAUGUAUUAUAUCAUAAUGUUAACUAAUACGUACUUGGUCCUCUCGUGUAUAUAUGUACAUGUCACUUAAUUAUCUCAUUAGUGUGAAAUAUCUAUGCUUGCUAAAGAAGCAAAGCCACUCAGACCUCAGACUUUCUUGUAUUGGUGUUACUUGUAAUAACGACUUCUACUUCGUAGAAUUGUCCUCAACAUCUCUAUAUCUUGAUUAUAUUUCUUUUC